CAAGCCGGCAGGCUGCACUGGUUAUUUUUUCCACGAAUCCAUCCAAAAAGCAAACCAUAUACUAUAACGCCCACCCACCGAGCCGAAACAAGGGAAAAAAAAGCAUCCCACCUAAAAAGAAAAGUUUCCGUAUUCCAAAACGCAAAACCUGUAGCCCCACAAACAAUUCCCUUCACCCCAAAAAAAAAAGAAGUUUGUGCAAUUAUACAUACAUUACACUUCUAAAGAAAGCAAAAAAAGAAAAGAAGUUCCAGUUAUUGAGGACUGUGCGUUGCUUCUUGUUCGUGAGAAAUUAGUAGGAGAUAACAGCUGAAAAAAAUGGGAGUUUCCAUCCCCAUUUUGGUAAUUAUAACAUCUCUUCACCUCAUAGCCUUCGUUCUCGCUAUCGGAGCUGAACGGCGUCGAAGCACGGCUAAUGUUAUGCCGGAUAAGUACGAUGAAACGACUUACUGCGUGUACGGUACGGAUGCUUCGACCGUCUACGGGUUAUCGGCGUUUGGGUUGCUGUUAAUUAGUCAAACGGUGCUUAACGGCGUUACUAAGUGCUUGUGUUUUGGGAAAGGGAUGAUGGGUGGACGGUCUACUACCUGUGCUGUUUUCUUCUUCAUCUUUUCUUGGGUAAGCUUUUUGGGAGCCGAAGCAUGCUUACUGGCUGGCUCAGCUAGGAAUGCUUACCAUACUAAAUACCGAGGCAUAUUUGGUGGUAAUGACUUGUCCUGUGCUACCCUUCGCAAAGGUGUUUUUGCUGCUGGGGCUGCAUUGACCUUGCUAUCCAUGAUAGGCUCCAUUUUCUACUACUGGUCUCAUGCCAAGGCAGAUACAGGUGGAUGGGAAAAGCAAAACACUGAAGGACUUGGAAUGACAACAUCCCAUUAUAUGGAGAAUCAACAGGAAUUGAAGGUCUAAUCAUGGUUUGGUUGUAGUGCUUGUGUAUCAAUAGUUUCUGGGGUAUGUUUUUGAUGAAAAUUAGAAGAUCUGGAAAGGUCCUUAAUGAGCUAUGUAUCUAAAGUAUCUGUCUAUAGGAAAAGGUUUGCACUUCAGAGGUUUUUCCCGAGGGUUUUCCUUUCUUUAGUCCUUUGUUGGAUGUUAGUAGAUAAAAUCACUUCUUCUCAGCUAAA